AUGGCCUUUGGGUGGUAUCACACGAGAAGACGAUGGCGAUUUUACUGCUCGGUACUUCUAAUCCUCUCCGUGGUCGUGUUUUUCUCCCUUACAAUAUUUAUUCAACAUGACAUGAAGGAUUUCGAAAAUCUCGGCAACUUCGAUUCACUGCAAGAUAUCCAAGAAUUUAUCAAUAUGGUAAACUCCACGUAUAACGCUGUCAGAAUUCAGUGA